AUGAAAUCCCUUGUAGCUUUGGAUUUGAGCUGCACCCAUAUUUCAUCAUUGCCACCAUCACUCCCAUGCCUAAUGAAUCUCCACACACUUUGUCUUGAUUCUUGUACUUCAUUAACAGAUAUAUCAAUGCUUGGGAAGUUGACCGCACUCCAGCUACUUAGCUUAAGUGGRUCCAAGAUUGAGAAGUUGCCAGAAGAAAUAGGAAAGUUAAGCAAUUUAAAGCUUUUAGACUUGUCACAUACUUAUAAUCUUAAAACAGUACCACCAAAUGUGAUUUCAAGUCUUUCUCGAUUAGAAGAAUUGAACAUGAAGCACAGCUUUUAUGGGUGGGAGGUAGAAGGAUAUGGGAGUGGCAGUAAUGCUAGCUUUGCAGAGUUAACAUCCUUGGAAUGCUUGACUGUUCUAUAUGUUCAGGUAGGAAAUACUAGAUGUUUGUCCAAGGUGAUCCCCUUUUCUUCAAACAACUUGGCAAAGUUCUGCAUAUCUGUGGAUUCUAGUUACCAUGAGAGUUCAUCCCCAACUUAUAUGUACCUGAAAAACCUGUCUAUUCCAGUUGCCAAUUGGAUCAAGAUGCUGUUAAUGAAAACAGCUGAAUUAAGCUUGAUUGGCUGUGAUAGGAUCAAGAACCUCGUGAUAUUAGAUGUAUGUGGUGUCAAGGGCCUGAAGUCAUUACAUGUUGAAGAUUGUUCUGAAAUGGAAUAUCUCAUAAAUAUCAUGGAGGAGGCAGGUGUUCCUCAGAGUACAUUUAAUAGUCUGGAGAAAUUACAACUCAAAAAUAUGGAGAACCUGAAACAAAUUUGCCUUUGCCAUGGACCCCUGCCAAAUGGAAUUUUUGGAAACCUGAAGGUUCUAAGAGUUCAAAAAUGUCACCGUCUGGAUGAAAUUUUGUCACACCCCUUGCUAAAAGGGUUGAAAAUUUUGGAAGAACUCAAAGUAGAUCAAUGCCAUAAGUUGAAGUUUCUAUUUUACUCAAAGGAAMUUCAGGAAG